AUGGCUCCCUACCCCCAUGGCAAACUGAUAUCUCUGCUCUUGUCAUUCCUCAUCUUGUAUCCAGCUAUUGCUGCGGCCGUCGGCCUCGACUACUGCGCCGAUUUCAAUACAGGAGCAUCUUUCGACUCUGUUGUCGAUGGCUUCCAGUCCAUUGGAGCGUGUCAGAAGACAUGCGGAGGCCGAUACGCGUUUGCAGUCCUUCAGGGUAAAACCUGCUGGUGCUCGAAUGCUGCUCCCAAAGACACCGUCCCGAAUAAAAACUGCAACCAGAACUGCCCUGGAUACCCAGACGACAAGUGUGGAAGCACCUCUGAAGGCCUCUAUGCCUAUGUGAUGCUCGACAAGAAGCCGUCCACGACGAUUGGUAACCCGUCCGCCACUGCGACCACCACCUCGUCGGUUAGUAGCACUCAGUUCUCUUCACCUUUCACAACUAUUACUACUAUUACAACCACUGCUGCCAUGGGGGGGUCCCAUUCUUCGUCCUUUUAUUCAUCUUCAUCAUCUUCCUCUGCACCUCAAUCCCAGUCCCCUACAAGCCCAGAAAAAGACAUUCCAUCCCAGUCAACACAGUUGAUGUUGACAUCAAGUGUACAGACCACAAGCAGGACUAGUGUGAGCACUGUUACUCGCACCACUACAGAGUCGUCCACCUCAACUUCAUCGUCAUCUUCAUCAUCCUCAUCUUCAUCCUCUUCUACAUCUUCUUCUUCUACCAAAACAUCAAAAACAACAUCGUCAUCCGAAUCGACAACUACCGAUCCUACUUUUUCGAUCACCACUGUCGAAGGGCAGGUGACUACCAUCACGGUUCCGAACUCGCCAGCCCAGACUAGCCCUCCGGCUAGCAGUGGCGGUUCCUCGUUAUCUGGCGGUGCCAUUGCUGGCAUCAUCAUCGGCACUUUGGCUGUAUUCGCCAUGUUCACGGCCAUCAUCUUAUGGCUCUUCUGCUUCCGUCGCCGCCAACAGGCUAAGAUUGAUGAUAGUUACCGUUCGCCUUUCCACGAAUCCCCAGUUCCUCAGCCCAUUUUUGAAAGCACUCUAAACAGCCGCGUCCCAGCCAUGAGAACUACGCCAGUUGCUAAUGGGAAUGGUACUACAGCAGGUAGUAGAGGUAGCACAGCCCGCCUGAGUAUCCCCGCUUUCACCGAUCAUCGAAUGAAGAAGGAUGCCUUGGUUUAUUCCCAUGGAGGCCGUCAUAGCAACGUUUCUCUGCAGGAUAACCAGGAUUAUUCUCGCCCAGUAUUGCGAUUGACGAACCCUGAUCCGGAUGACCGUUGA